CCCGGGACUUAUGGAGGUGGCGGUGGGUGUGGGAGCCGGAGUCAUUCGCUCCGCGGACGACGAGGCAGUCGCCACGUCCUCCCUCCCCUCUCUCCUGGCCUCCCUGUGUGUCCCACACCUUUUUUGUGUUGCGAGGGACCAUCGCCGCGGAGAUGGAACGUUGGCGGAGCGGUGGAGCGUGUAACAAGGCGAGAUAGCAACUCCUGUGUCAGAUGCUGCUGGUGGUUGUGAUAGAAGCCGCCUUGUCUGUCGCUCCGACUAAAGGCCAACACUGUGGGUGACAUGUCCUCAGUGGCGGUCGGAGACUCCGCCGAGCACCCGGUGGGACCGAGCAAGGAACCCAGCGUCUCCGAAAUCCAUGGUCCAUCGGACGGUUCCAGGGCCACGCCACCCGAGUGGGCCUACGUGGAGAUCAGAGAGGCAUCCCCCGAUCGCUCGGUGUGGGCGGGCGCGCGGGGCGGCGAUGCGGCGUGCGGCUCGGGAAGCGGUGGCGAUGUAGGAUGGGGGGCGGCGCUCACGAGUGAAGGCGGCGAGGUCAAGCCCGCGGCAGAAGUGGCAACGAGCCGCGGCGGGGACAUGGGCAUCGUGGCAAGCUCCACGGACGACGAGUCCAUCGUCUAUCACGACACGCUCACGCCUGAGGAGGCGCAGCUAGCUGCCGGUCGCUACGGUGAAGAAGAUGCGCCAGACGGGACAGCGGAUUGGCGGGAUGGCAGCGAGCGCUUGCCGGAUGAGACGGCGGAUCGGCGGGACAAUGGCGAACGCUUGCCGGAUGAGACGGCGGAUCGGCGGGACAGUGGCGAGCGAGUCCCGGAUGGGAUGGCGGAUCGGCGAGACAGCGGCGAGCGCGUGUCAAAUGGGACAGCGGAUCGAUGGGACGGUGGUGAGUGCACGCCAGAUCAGAUAGCGGACCGGCAGAACGGUGGUGACUGCAUGCCAGACGAAACGGCAGAUCAGCGGGAUGGCAGUGAGCACACUCCAGAUGGGAUGGCGGAUCGGUGGGACAGCGGUGAGGAACUGGAACAGAGUGAAACGGCAGAUGCCUUCAAUGAGCACUUGAGCGGUGCUGCCCGUGCGAGUGAUGGCGAUGCUCCAGCAGAAGAUGGAGUCAGUGACAGAAACUCAAGCGGGGAAGCAGUGGCAGUGCAGGAUGUCUCGCCUGACUCGCCCGACUCACCCUCGCUCGACUCACCUUCGCCUGACUCGCCCGACUCACCCUCGCCCACCAGCUCGGCGGAGCACGAGCCGAAUCCCGCGCGCGGAGAGGCAGGCGACGCGAGCGAGGUGAACUUCAUCACCACGCACGAGAUCAACAUCGGCGACCCAGAGCGGCGCCUCGGAAGCCAGGACGUGUGGCGCUUCGCGAGCGGCGAGCGCUGCAGGACGAGCCGCGAUGCAACCCGAACCCCAGAGACGACGGUGGGCGGCGCCGGCACUGGUGCGUCGCCGGUGCCGGCACGGGACUCGGUGGCGGGGGCAGCGGGGGGCGAGUCCGUGCACGAGAGCUCCGUAACGUGGGUGCCCACCUCGCCGCUGUCGGCCGAAGAGCCACGGGAUUAUUACAUCACCGUGGAAUGCCGUCGCCUGGCGGAGGAGACGCGCAGCGGAGGGGCAGAGAAGAUUGAGAAUUGUGUAGGGGGCGGGAGAGGCAGCACGGGGGAGCUUGAGGAGGCGGCAGGCGGCCCCAUAGAGGUGGUCAGCCCCGGCUACGGCGGCGACGGGGCCGAGAAGGGAUGUCGCUCGGCGCUUCUGGCGACGGACGGAUUUGAGUGGAGGGCAGAGGAACAGAAGCUGAGCAUGAGCGCCGAUUCAUCCAGCGAGGCCAGCACCGCCGCCAGCUCACCAACUGUGGGCGGCCUAGAUGAAGACGCAUGGAUGGUUGGCGACGCCGGUUGCGGGAAGCUGUUGGUGUCAGAGUUUGUGUCGGUCACACCGCCAGGCGUCACCAUCGAAGAACUCGAUGACGACGACGAUGGUGCCGACCAAUUCGGAGGUUUCGGCAAAAUUCCCACGGACGUCAUCUGCUGUGACCCCACUCGUGGCAGCGGAGAAAUGUUCGCCACCGCCGCUGAUGAUCGAAAAGAAAAUGCUCGCGGGGGCCGCGACGAUGACGAGGGUAGCGGGCCGAAUCCCCCAUGUGUGGGAGACGUCACGCACAGUGGCGUGAACGGCUACGCGAGUGACGCUUCCAGCGGCGGGGUGGAUGACGUGGACAACGAGGUGCGCAGCCUGACCGCGAAGGCCUUCCGGAGCCUGUCGUGCCCCUAUGAGCCAUACCCGGAGAAGGCCGUGCCGGCGCCCGGCUCACCCAUCGACGCCAAUCCGGGCGCCAUCUGGUUUCCAGAUGACGACAUUUCACUCAACCGCUGGCCGACAUACGUCGACUUGGGGCGGCGCGACGAGGUAAUGGUCAACGUCGCAUCGGAUGCCGGUGCUCGCGUGGCUAAUGGGAGAAUCAUCACGACGGUGACGCGGGCCGAUGGGACGUUUGCGCGGUGCAGCGGCAGGUCUGCGUCGAGCGGGAGGGAGAACGUCAGGGGCGGCGGCGGUGGCUCGGAGCAGACCCAAGUGACGGGCACCGUGAUGAAACGCUCCGUGGUGUUGAGACAGAAACAGGAGUUGCAUCAGCGGCAUCAGCAGCAGCAGGCGGCUGUGGUGACGUUGGAGAGGGAGUUUGAGAAUUCACAAGAGGACACAGUGAAGAUGCACAUCGAGGACAACGUGACGUUCUCGUGCAGCAUGCACUCGCACACGCAGGAGAAGAGAAGUGCCUGCUACAGCGGGCAGCAGCAGGAGCAGGAGCAGGUGCAGCUGCAAGUGCACCAUCAGCAUUUCUCACAGAGCCGACAAACGUGGAGCAGCAAUGAUGCGAGCGAAGUCAACGCCGCGCACGCCCCGGACGACAGCGACGCGGACGCGGCGGCGCGCACGACCAACGGCAAGCCAGCCGGUCACGCCAAGCAGGCAUCCAGCAUCCUGAAGAACGUCAUCUCAAAGAAGAUGCAGCUGGAGCAGGAGCUGAGGAUGGAGAGGGGGGAGUUGAGAGACACGAGCAUGACGGUGGAAUGCGCGGAGUUGCGAUUCACCGGCAGAGUUGCAGGAAUCGACGCCACGGCUGUAAAUGGUGAUGGAGGCGACCCAGGCGAGGGACAAGAUUGCGGUGGGUUUGCCAACUCUGCAGGAGCGGAUGUGUGUUCCGGUUCUGCGCCGCACGAUGAGACGCAAGUGGAGCCGGCGAGCCGUCAUCAUCCUCAUCAUCGUCAUCGUCAUCGUCAUCAUCGUCACACAGCGGAGGUCGAGGAUGGAAAAGAUGACAGUGCUAAGAUGAACAGGGUUGAGAAAAAGGGGAAUGGCCAGGGGAAUGGACAGGAGAAUGGACAGGGGAAUGGACAGGAGAAUGGACAGGAGAAUGGGCAGGGGUAUGGACAGGGAAAUAGACAGGGGAAUGAACAGGCAAAUGAACAGGGGAAUGGACAGGGGAAUAGACAAGGGAAUGAACAGGGAAAUGAACAGGGGAAUGGACAGGGGAAUGGACAGGGGAAUGGACAGGGGAAUGGACAGGGGAAUGAAAAGGGGAAUGAAAAGGGGAAUGAAAAGAGGAAUAAACAGGGUAAUGAACAGGGUAAUGAACAGCGAAAUAAACAGGGGAAUGAACAGGGAAAUGAACAGGGAAAUGAACAGGGGAAUGGACAGGGGAAUGGGCAGGGGAAUGGACAGGGGAAUAAACAAGGUAAUGAACAGGGAAAUGGACAGGGAAAUAAACAGGGAAAUGAACAGGGGACUGGGCAGGGAAAUAAGAGGAUGCUGGGAGGCGAAUUGAGCAUGGAUACGAAUGUUCGGGGUAAAACUAAAGCUUCAGAAGGACAGACGCGCAGCACAGGGAAAUCUAAGAGAGGCGCCUCUGGAAAAGCGACGGUGUCGAGGAACAUCUUCCUGCACAGCGAGCACAGCGCGUUUCGCUCGUGGAGGCAACGACGCGGGGAACAGCGGCACGGCAAGGAGCAGACUGUAUCGCUGGCACAGGUCGUGGUGCAAGACGCGCGGCAGCAAACGAUCCAAAUCGACAUUCCGCACCGCGGCACCGGGAGAAGGAAUGAAAUCGCCCUCCCACCAGAAGAUCUGCACGGGAAGAAUGAAUACUGCUCCUUCGCUGGCCCUGAAGAGAAGGCAGCGCCCGCGGCUCCACGCGUUCGGCAUGGCGGCAGCGGCGCUUGCUCCGCCGCAUCGCCUGAGCGCGAUGUUGGCACGGGCAGUGGCGACAAUGGUGGGAAACGCGCGGACGGCGGCAGCGCAUGUGCCACGCUGCGGGCCGAGGUGCGCGUCGAACGCGCCGAUGACGAUUGCGCCAAGCGGCCGAGAAGCGCAUCUCAGGACGACAAUCGAGACUCCGGCGACCGCCGACCUCCUCCCGCAUACGCCACCUACAAGAGCAACAACACGCUUUACAUCGGCGACACGACCAAGGCCGUGGUGAUGUCCUGCUCCCCCGAGAUCAAGAUCAGCCUGCGGAAGACAGGCAGCGAUGCCAAGACAAGCCCGUUCAGCAUUGCCAAGCUCUUGACGCCCAACAUCGCCGUGGAGCCAGCCGCCCAAAAAGCCCCCGGAGCGGAGGAGGCUCAGACGGGCGAGACAAGGCCCACGGCGAGCUACACGCUCCCGGCCAUUUUCAAAAUCGAGCCAGUGGAGAUGGCAAUGCCGGUGAGAGUGGAGGAGAAACCAAAGUUCCAGGCACCGCUCCACCAGGUGCGUGACGUCCGCAAGCUCGUCAAGAGCACGUACCCGACUGCCCGUGUCGAGCCGAGCGAAGUUGUGGGCUCCCACCGCGGGCCGGCGAUGCAGACGGUGAUGCAAAUGGGAGGGGCAGCCGCAGUGGCGGUGGCGGUCUCGGGACUGGCGGAACGAGAGCGGACGAGCCAGCUACAGCCCGUGAACUUGCAGUCCAACGCGGGCCGUGAAAUCGGGGCCAUACUGCCGCUCGUCAUCAACUGCAAGUCGAUCACGAGGAAGGAAGGUGGUGAGGGCCAAGACGCUAACAGUAAUGACGGAGGGAGCAAUUGCAGCAGCAGCAGCGUCAGGCCGGUGGUGAUACCGGCGGCGGCGGUGGUGGCGGCAGUGAGGGAGGUGGAGAAGGAGUGUAAGCGGGAGAGCGAGCCGCCACCCUACCGUCUCAUGGCCAAGUCUUCAGACACGUCGCCGUCUGUUCAGCUGGACCACCCGGCGUGGCCGCCGUGCUCCCUGCUACGGACACCGAAGCUGGAAGAGGUCAAGAGGCCGGCAACAGUCGCUGAGGCUGACGUGCUCGCUGACGGUGAUGGGCCCCAAGGAGGCCACUCGCUGGAAGGCGCGCGGCACGCUCCCAAAAGCCGGCAGGCAGCGGAGAUGCCAUCAGCAGCGGCGUGCUCCACGGGCAACACGUGCUUGCCGCGUGAGCAGAAUGAGGGGAAGAGACAGCAGCAAGGUGCCCAGGGCCCCGCGCAGGGCAGCCACGUCCAGUCGCUCAUCGCGUCCCUCGAGGAGGGUGCCAAGGGGAAGCUCAGAUCUGCUCCAGUGGUGGAAGAUAGCGCGGCGGAGUGCGACGGGAGACCGAGUUCCGCGCUAGAAAGGUCGAGUCGCCAGCAGCGGCCUGAGCAACGGGAGCAGCUGCAGGCGCGGCCGCAACCGACACAAGAGCUGCCAAAACCACAGCAGCCAAGUGAAAUUUUCGACGCCACAAGCCGAGAUGUGCCAGAGGAAGCAGAUUCUUGUAAAGACGGGAAUAAGCAAGACGAAAAACCGCCCGACGUGUUUCCACCGAACGACGGCAGAGCAGAGCUCCCGCACGCCGAUGGAGAGAAAGCGGUGGAAAAUCUCAAGGCGCAGUUUGCGCCGAGGCCGGUAGUGACCCAGACGAGGGCUCUAUUUGCAAGCUCUCCCUCACCAGCGUGCAGGGUCCGGUCCUCCUGGCAGAGCCAGAAGAUCACCAACAAGGUUCCGCAGCCGUUCUCCACCAUGCGAACGACGUCGGCCUCCGCGGUGCUCUCGGGCCUCAGUGGCACUACGGUGCUCGGCGCGCAUGCGGGAGACCAGGGCCAGAAGAUGGUGAUCCGAUCGGUGAGGCCGCCGUGCGCCGUACGCAUGGACGAAGCCAAAAUGGGGAACCUGGCACAGGAAAAUUCUCUCCAACAGCAGCAGCAGCCAGAGACACCAGGCCAAGCGGCGGCAGAUAGCGAAUACUACCUGACGCUGCCAACUAUGUUGGAGAACGGCGGAGCAGCCAACUCCCAGACGUGCCUGGACAAGGAAGAGCCGCUGGUGACUACGCCGCCCAAAGUACCGCCAAAGACGUACAAGGAUUUCAGUCAGGCAGGUGCCUUGGCCGGCAGCGGCGUCAGGCCGCACCCACUGCACCAUCACCUCCAACACCGGCGCCAGCCACCGAGAUCCUCCUCGAGCGACGAGAGAGUGAAGCGUGGCUCGAUCGAUAGCAGUGGGGCGAGCGCGAGCGGCAAAAGCACCCCGAGCCCGAGCCCCGUCUUCGAUUUCGGAAAAACUCAGAAGCCGGCGGUCAUGCAACCGCUGAUGUGCCCUCCAUCGCCAAUGAUCCUGCAGCCCAUGCAGUGCCCUGGUUUCCCUGGUGCCGUGCCGGCGCCAAUGCUGGCGCAAAACCACGGUGUGCCAUCGUGUGAGGGCUCAGAGAUGCCGGCGCAAAUAUCCUACGUGCAGCUGCCCGCCGUGCAGGCGCAACACAAGAUGCUGAUCGACCCAGAGACGGGGCAGUGCUACUGGGUGGAGACGCCGCCGCAGCCUCAGCGCAAGAGGCUUUACGACCCCGAUACGCAGCAGUACGUGGAGGUGGCGAUCCCCCCGCACGGCCUGGCGAUGCCCCCCAGCGCGGGUGGGGGUGCAAUGUACGCUGCGCCACCACAGCUCAUGCUGGCGGCAUCGCCACACGUGCCAUACGGGUCGGCGUUUGUAAUGUACCAGAGCGUCAUGCCCACGCAGAUGGCGGCAACGGCGUCGCCCGGCUGUGAGUAUUCCCAGCAGCAGAUGCAGAUGAUGCAGCUGCAUAUGAUGCACAAAAGCCAGCAGCAGCAGCAGCACUAUCUCAGCCAAAGUGUGCACGGCAUCUCUUCAGAACCGCAGAGCCCUUUGGACAAACCGCUCUUCAAGGCCGCUCCAGACGAAGUCAGUGCUGCCAACGACCGGCCGUACUUCCUCCCAUCGGGCAUGGUGCUGGCCCAACCCCAGGCCGUGUACACGCUCCCGGCGACCUCGGCCGGCGGUCAGCCGGGCGCGGGCGUAGACGCCAACCUGCCCAAGGGCAGCGGCGUCGCCUCCGAGUCGCCACCGACGCAGGGCCCGCGCAUUGUGGCGCCGCCCCUAUUCGACGGCACGAUGAUGAGCUUCGUGGUGGAGCACAGGUGAACGGGUAGCACGGGGAAGGACCGAGAGAGAGAGGGAGCACCGCUGAGUGGCCGCUGAGAUUCCUGGACAGAGCUCGGUGAUGCAAAUAAAAAGAUCGCCCGUGUAGCCUUUAACAGACUUUUGGGGCAAAUGCUGUUGGCUAGCACUUACGAAGGCCGUACACACGGGGACACACACGCGCGCGCAUGCGUCUUCCAAGCUGAACGUGGGAUGCGUGACUCGCUCAACUUGCACUCGGGCCCUGCGGUAUGACCUUGCUUUGAGAGUGGGGUGCAUAAACAUUCGGCUGGGGCGGGUGCAUGAUGCAGCCAAUGCUAAGCAAACUUUACACGUUGAACGCUAAACACAAGGAGUACCGACGCGAUCUGCUUGUUGUCUCUCGUGCCUUCUCCCAUGCCACAUGUGUAUAUGUUGUAACCACCACGUUUUUGACUCGGCAGUCGGAAUUCUAGAACUGUGGUCCCUUGGCCUAACGAUGGCUCGUCCGUACCACUUGGGGUGGCAAAUGAUACCGAUGAUUUUACGGAAUAGCAUUUCACCUCCAGAUCGGAAAACAUUCACCAAGCGAAAUUGCCGCGCCAGCUUCGCUCGAGACGUGCCGUUAGAGACAGGAUGGCGGCGGUGGUAAUAUUGAAAGAAAACAAAAAUGGAAUCGUAAUCUAACGUGAAUUAUCCGCGGAAAAUCAACACGGAGCGCGUCUCGAACUUAGACGGCGUGUACACCGGUAAGCACUGCCCAUGGUGGACACUGCCCGUAGUGGGCACUGCCCAGGGUGGACACUGCUCAUGGUGGACACUGCCAAUUGGUAGCGUUUACCUCCCCACCAAGUGAUACCCGCUCUUGCGGCUUUUAACCAUGGGGCCCGAGACGCGGUGAUUAAAGCCGGCUCGCGUCGCCAUCGUCGCCAAGGCACCGUAACCUUUGUAUUUUCUUUUCUUUUCCAACUCCUAUCUUGUUUUGUUCACUAUAUAUUUGAAGGGUUAAACCCCAAACCCGUUUCACCCCCCCCCUCCUCACCUCCACGAGUGGCCUGCCAAUUAGGCUUCAGAUUCUCAAAAGGACGAGGUUUUGGGGGAACCCGCAUUGCUAAGACUGCUGCAGCCUGCAUGCGAUGCCUGCUGACGUGAGACCACGUCAGGCCAUUUAGGAUGCGGGAUCCAUGACCCCGUGUUGCCGUGUAUGUGCGUGUGACACGUUUACUCGUUGUUUCCGGGUUAGCCGGAACGGCACUGUGUCAGGAAUUAUUCGGGCCAUGCUGAUACAUCCAUUUGCCCGCCUUUUUCUGUCCUUAUGAGUCCACGCAUCUCGUUUGUUUGAUGCGCCCCGCUCGUACGAUUGUGGCCAUGCAACCCAAACUAUGGACCACAGAGUAAACCCAUAGAGACUCAUAGAGAUACACAAGAGGCACACAGACAGCCCAUACAGAUACAUAUAGA